AUGGCGUUACUUCCUACAAUGAAGCCGCAGCAGGCUUCACCUGAGUCUGCUUUAUGGGGCCCCCAGGGUACUUUGCCUUUAGAGCUUCUGAUGGAGCAGCAGCCGCUGCCGCAUUUGCUGCGGACUUGGAAGCAGCAGAAAGAGAGAAAGAAGAGGACUGGAGCGGCGCGUCUGCUGCUCGCCUCCCUCUGGUCUCUCGGGGGGCCCCUGGCCAUCUCUGUUGCUGCUGUGGGGCCCCUUGACCGGCUGCGCAUACUGCAGCAAACCAGCUGCGCAAUCGAGCAGCAGCAGCAGCAGCAGCAGCAGCAGCAGCAGCAGCAGCAGCAAAGAGCAGCAAGAGGUACAAGGUGGUCCUGGGUGGGCGCUGGCAUCGGGGCUUUCAGUUCUCUGUCUGCAUGCGCCAUCAGCCUCGCCAUCAACCUCGCCGUCAGGGGACCUGAUGCGGGAGAUGGCGGCCGCCGCAUAUUUCAGGAGGGCCUUUACUUAUCCCUCAAUUGCCUCUUCGCCUCUUUUCUCUGUUACCCUCUGGAGGUCUCCAGAACUCUUUUGACAGCAGGGCUGUUGGGAUUGUAUCGGGGCUUUGCCUACAGCUGUCUGUCUGCUGUUCCUUUUUCUUUUUUUUCUGCUGCUUUUCAUUUUGUGUCUUUUCCUCUUUUUGCUUCUUUUGGAAAUAUAAUUAAAAGUAUAAAUGACAAAAAAGAGCAGCAGCAAUCAGCAGCAGCAGCAGCAGAUGCUGCUGCUGCUGCUGCUGAAGGUGGCGAUGCGGCUGACGCUGCUGCAGAGCCUGCUGCUGCUGCAGCGCCUGCUGCUGCUGCUGCUGCUGCUGCUGGCUGUGAGGGAGAGUCUGCUGCUGCUUCGGAUCUUGAUGCUUCUUUUUUAUCUUUUUCAAAUGAGGAAGGAGCAGCAGCAGACCCCAAAAUAAGCAGCAGCAGCAGCAGCAGCAGCAGCAGCAAAGGCUCGUUUGCUGCUGCUGGACUUUCCGCCUACUUCGCCUCGCGAGCAGCGCAGCUUUGCGUAUACCCACUCGAGACUCUCAGGCGGCGGAAGCAAGUGUCUCUUUUGCCGGCUCUGCUAAGUGGCCCUUCUCUAGUUGGCCCCAGCAGCAGCAGCAGCAGCAGCAGCAGUAGCAGCAGCAACAGCAGCAGCAGCAACAGCAGCAGCAGCAACAGAGUCUUGUUUCUGUUAGCAGCAGCAGGAACUGCAGCAGCAGCAGCUGCUGGUGGAGAAGCAGCAGCAGCAGCAGCUGCUGGUGGAGAAGCAGCAGCAGCAGCAGCUGCUGGAGCGGCAGCAGAUUGCUGCUGCUCAAGACAGCGCCCGAGGCUCUCGUCUUCAUUUUCGCAGCGCGGCUUUUUGCCAUCAACUGAAAGCCAUAUGAAGGCAGCAGCAGCAGCAGCAGCAGCAGCAGCAGCAGCUGUUGCUGCUGCAGGUGCUGCUGCUGCAGCUGAUGCUGCUGCGGCUGGUGCUGCUGCAGCUGGUGCUGCCGCAGCAGCUGAUGCUGCAGCUGGUGCAGCUGCAGCAGCUAAUGCUGCAGCCGGUGCUGCUGCAUUUGGCGCUGCUUCAGCUGGAGCUGCUGCAGCUGCUGCUGCUGCUGCUGCUGCAGCUUGA